AUGCCUGUUAGGAUCGGGAAAGUGACACAUAGUAGGCGAUUGACCUAUAAAGCUCUGGAUGGAGAGGAGGAAGAGAAGACACCGUUGUCGACGCCCAGUCCCCGUGUUGGUAGCAUCCCGUCGCGUAUCCGAAGGCCUGGCAGCGCUGCUCGUCCGAAUCGCCGCACCAGUGGGGUAAGCUUGGCCGGUGGAAGCAAACCUGAAGACAAGGCAGGGUCCAGUACAGUCGCCUACACGGCAUGGUCAGAGUGUGCACGUAUCCUAGAAAAUCACGCGAAUGAAGCGAGGAACCGCUGGGUUGAACACAUCGACAGUCUGCUCACUUUCGCCGGUCUGUUUUCAGGCGUUCUGACUGCAUUCAUCAUCGCAACAUAUCAAGAUGUACAGGGUACAAGCAAGAAUAUUGCUUUCACCACUGUAUUCUACAACACCAUGUGGUUUGCAAGUCUCGGUUGCAGUCUUCUUUCUGCGUCAAUUGGGAUCCUUGUCAAAGAAUGGCUGCGCGAAUACUUGAUCGAGCUACCCGAGCAACCCAGAGAUAUCGUUCGCGUCCGCCGAUUUCGACACUAUGGCGUUCACCGCUGGGGUGUCCAGAUGGUCGUGAGCGCCAUCUCCCUGCUCCUGCAAAUAUCCGUCGCUUUCUUUCUUGCAGCGUUUCUCUGCUUCGCGUGGAAGCUCAAUAAAGCGGUGGCAAUCAUGCUCACCGUCAUCGUCACCUUCUGGAUUUCAUUCUGGAUGCUGACGGCUACCGCCCCGGUGUUUUCUGCAUCAUGCCCGUACAAGUCUCCGCUCUCAUGGCUCCUGUUCACCAUAGCCAGCUUUGGCGAGAAAGACGAUGUUGUGCGUGAGCGGCGUGUGGUCACACACGACGGACAGCGGUGGGAUCGUGAUGCAUUAGUGCAUAUCAACAACUCCCUCGUAGAUCGUAAAUCCCUGCAAGAAAUCAAUGACUCUUGCCUUAACGACCUCACUCCUGCCGAUGCCAUGAGCUGUGUUGUGGAGAUCCUCGAGGAGCGCGUCCUUCGCUCGAGCGUACGGAAGUCAGGCGCUGAGCAUGGUCUGCCACACAGCGGGCAAGACAAAUAUGACGAUGGCACCGCCGACCUGACUGCCAUUCUCGUGGACAGGCUGUUAGCGGAGGACGCUCGCAGUGAACCCGUUCAGCUUUCACCAAAAUUUCUUUCUAUCCUGACUGCGGUUUCUGGCCGCUCCGAUGGCUCUGCCUCGUUCGAAGGGCCCGGCGGGCAUGUAUGCGGCUCGAUAUGCGAAGUCGUCGUGCGCUAUGGGCGAGCUACGGGAUCUCCGUCGGAGGUUUGCAACAUUUUGUGGGAUAACUGGAAGAGUUGCCUUCAAAGAUGCGAGAUCCCUGCGGACGCUGUUUCUAUUCUCAUCGAAUGGGCCAGAGGGCUCAACUCACGUACAGACGUGAUGACGUUCGUGAAGACGUGCAUCCUCAGCGUGCACUUCGCGACGUACGUUUCCUCCGUGCACGAACAGCUGACCGAGGAGAUGGAAGAAAAGAUUCCCGAGGAGAUAGAAGAGAAAAUUUGCCAGGAGACAGAAGAGAAGACUCGCCUAUUCGACGACUUGCGUGUCUUGCUCUCACAGGCCCCACAAUCCAUAAGGCAAAUAGCGGUGGAGAACGGACGACCUCGUCAUCCGACGCACUGGAACCCAUGCCUCCCGUCGGUGCUUGACGAGCUGUGCAUCGCUCUCGAGAGCCUCGCGGGUGCUCAUACUGAAUGCAUCCCUCCCGGUCUCGUCGACGAGCUACGCAGGUUGUACCGUGCUGGGCUGCACAGUCCCCUCAGCAAUUAUGCUCCGGGGAUGUUAGAUAAGUUACGGCAGGAGACGCUGGAACGGUCUGGUGCGGGUGUCUUGGCGGAGUCGGACGUCGACACUUUGUCGUAA